AUCUUGGGGGCUCUGUGAUACAUGCAGAAUUCAGUAAAAUUGAUCACUAUAAUUAUAUACGCUGACUGUAUUAUUAUUUUUUGCCAUAACAUAGCAACAAGGCACUGAAAAGCAUAAUGACUAACGAGUUAAAGAAUGAUCUACUGCUUCGUGCAGCUCGAGGCGAGCAGACCGAAAGGGCGCCUGUUUGGGUUAUGCGUCAGGCCGGCAGAUACCUCCCAGAGUUCAUGGAGGUACGAAAAAGCUACGAUUUUUUUACCAUGUGCCGGACACCAAAGGUUGCAGCGGAGGUUACCAUGCAACCUCUCAGAAGAUUUCCUCUGGAUGCCGUAAUUAUAUUCUCGGAUAUCCUUGUCAUUCCUCAGGCGUUAGGUAUGACUGUGGAGAUGAUUCCUGGUAAAGGCCCUCACUUUCCGGAACCAUUGAUAACACCUGAGUGCAUGAAGAAACUGACGGCCAAACCCGAUGUUAAAGCGACUCUAGGAUACGUUUCAGAAGCUAUCAAAGAGACUAAGAGGCAAUUAGACGGCCAGGUGCCUCUUAUUGGGUUCUGUGGUGGUCCGUGGACACUGAUGGCGUAUAUGGUCGAAGGCGGAGGCAGUAAAACGUUCAGCAAAGCGAAGGCUUGGCUUUACAAGUAUCCCGUUGAGAGUUUGGAGCUCCUGUACAUGAUUGCCGAUCUAUCAAUCGACUACCUCGUUGAACAGGUUCGCGCCGGUGCCAAUAUACUUCAAGUCUUUGAGUCAUGGGCCGGUGAACUAACACCCGUGCACUUCGCGAAAUACUCCUUGCCACUGUUGAGUCACAUCGCAUCCAGUGUUAAGACGAAACUUGCCGCAGAAGGUCUUACCGUCGUGCCAAUGACUGUCUUUGCAAAGGGAGCGCACUAUGCUCUUGAAGAUCUGGCGGAGUCCCCUUACGACGUGAUUGGUCUAGACUGGACUAUGGAUCCAAAGGAAGCUAUCCGUCGCACCGGCGGCAAAAAAACUCUACAAGGAAAUAUGGAUCCGUGUGCCCUUUAUGGUUCAACUGAGACAAUCGCAGAGGUGGCUUCAGAUAUGGUCGCACGAUUUGGUGGAGGCAAGGGCCGUUACAUAGCCAAUAUGGGACACGGCAUGAAUCCCGACCACCAGCCCGAUCAUCUUGGAGCUUUCAUCGCCGCUGUGCAAGGUUCGUCAUCAAAGUAAAAAUUAUAGUAUAAACGAUACGUUAAUUUAGUGAAUUGACAAUAAAGAUCAAUUAGUUGUUCUUCUUUGAUAUGAAAGACUUAUCUUUAGUGCCUG